AUGACGGAACCAAAAGUCGAAGUCGUAAUAUCUGGUAUUGGAGGCCUUUUUCCGGAAUCCGACAAUUUGGAUGAAUUGAAACAAAUGCUGUUUGACAAAAAGAAUGGUGUGACUUCAGAUAGCAGGCGAUGGAUACCCGGUGUACUGGGAACACCACAUGGAGUUGGUAAAAUACGAACUCCCGGGAAAUUUGACAACGUAUUUUUUGGUAUACAUAGAAAGAUGGCUGAGAGUUUGGAUGCUUUGACUAGACUUAGUUUGGAAAGAUCUAUAGAAGCAAUAGUUGAUGCAGGAAUAAACCCAGCUGAUUUAUCCGGAACUAAUACAGCCGUCUUCAUGAACUCUUGUAUUAGUGAAUCAGAGUUUUUUGAGGUUUUUGAUACACAGCAAAAAGGGUUUGGUCUCUUAGGUCAUAACAGAGCAAUGCAAGCAAAUCGGUUGUCUUAUACACUUAACUUAAAUGGACCUAGUUACACAACUGAUGCAACGUGGAUUGGUGGAUCACAAGCUAUUAUGAGAGCAAAAAGAAUGAUUGAAGAUGGAGUGAUAAACGCAGCAAUAAUCGGAUCAUGUAGUUUAUGCUUGAAUCCUAAUAUAUCUCUUCAACUUGAAGGAUUAGGAAGAUUGACAAAUACAAACGAAACUAGAUCAUAUAGUGAAGAUGCAAAUGGGAUGAACAGAUCUGAAUCGUGUGUAGUAGUGCUGUUACAGAAAUUAUCUGAAGCUAAACGUUCUUAUGCAACUAUAUUGAGCGCAACUGGUAUAUUUGGAGAAACAAAUGAUUUAUUUUAUCAUUAUUCUGAUCACCUUUAUAAAGAUGUUCUAUUAAAUGCUUAUAAAGAAGCUAAUGUAGAUCCAGCAAAAGUUGCGUUUAUAGAAGGCGAAGGGUUAGGUAUUAAGAAAGUAGAUGCAAUGGAACUGAACAUUCUGAGUGAAGUAUUUUGUACUCCAAAUAGAAUAGAACCAUUAAAAGUUGGUUCCAUAAAGAGUAAUAUUGGUCAUUGUGAAGCUACUUCGAGUUUAGUGUCGUUAGCAAAAGCGCUUAUUAUCUUAGACUCUGGAUAUAUACCUCCAAAUAUUAACUAUUCAGAGCCUAACCAAGAUUGCCCCGCUCUUUUUUCUGGCAAAUUAGAAGUAGUCACUGAAAAAACUCCAUUGAAAGGAAAUAUAGUUGGUAUUAGUUCAUUUGGUUUGUGUAAUUCUUUUAGUCAUGUAGUUUUAAAACAAAAUAAGAAAAACAAAGUAAAAAUCUAUGAAAAAGGAGAAAUGUUUGAAGACGGUUUACCACGAAUUGUGUUUGUAUCCGGUCGGAACGAAGAAGGUGUUACACAGUUUUUAGAGCGUAUAAAAAAUAGUCGAAUGGACGAAGAGUUUGCAGCUCUUUUACAUAGCGUUUUUUAUAAAUCUAUGAACGCUCAUUACUAUCGAAGUUUCACUAUAAUUCCAGAUAAUGAAGGAUCACAAGAAGAAAUAUCGUAUCUUCCAGCGUUGAUUAAACGACCCAUUUGGUUUGUAUUUUCCGGAAUGGGAUCACAGUGGAAUGGUAUGGGAAAACAACUGUUAAAAAUUCCUAUAUUUGCAGAAUCAGUACGCAAACUUGAAACUAUAUUAAAGCCGAAAGGUGUUGACCUUAUUGAUAUUUUGACAAAUGAAGACCCCAAACUUUUCGAUAAUAUACUUAACUCAUUCGUUGGUAUAGCUGCGAUACAGAUAGGUUUAUUGGACGUGUUGAAGAGUAUUGAUGUUGUCCCUGAUGGUAUUAUUGGUCAUUCAGUCGGCGAAUUGGGGUGCGCCUACGCUGACGGUUGUUUUACUGCAGAGCAAAUGAUACUUGCUGCACAUGCAAGAGGUCGAGCUUCGAUAGAGACUGAACUCAUCGAUGGGUCAAUGGCUGCAAUAGGAUUAGGGUACAACGACAUUAAAGAUAGACUACCACACGAUAUUGAAGUUGCUUGUCACAAUGCGUCUGACAGCAGCACCUUGUCUGGGCCAACGGUUAGCGUCACAAAUUUUGUUGAACAAUUGAAAUCAGAAGGAGUAUUUGCCAAACUGGUCAAUGUUUCUAAUAUUGCAUACCACAGUCAGUACAUAAAACCAGCGGCGCCGUCUUUAUUGAAGUAUUUGAAAGAAGUUAUUCCACAACCAAAGCCUAGAUCAUCGAAAUGGGUGAGUAGCUCCGUACCCGAGUCCGAAUGGGGAAAUGAUGUAGCAAAAUAUAGUUCACCGGAAUAUCAUACUAACAAUCUUCUUGGACAAGUUUUAUUUGAAGAAGCUUCUCGAAAUAUACCUGAGGAUGCAAUUGUAAUUGAAAUUGCUCCACAUGGGCUUUUACAAGCCAUACUUAAACGAUCGUUAUCAGAAAAAGUGACAAAUAUACCACUUACACAUAGAAGUACAAAAGAUUCAGUCAAAUUUUUAUUAACAGCUUUUGGAAAGAUGUAUAAUAACGGUAUGUCUCCUAAUAUUGAAUCGUUCUAUCCAUCAAUAAAUUAUCCAGUUAGCCGAGAAACUCAAUCUUUACAUUCUUUAUUUCCUUGGGACCACAAAGAAGAAUGGGCAUUAAAAAGCAUGGCGCAAUCAACUACACGAAUUUCAGGAGAGAGAAUGUUUACAAUACAUUUAAAUAAUGAACAUAUUUUAUUCGAUUACAAAAUCAAAGGACGACAUAUUUUGCCUAGUUCAAUUCUUCUAUUUCACGUGUGGAAAUCAUUUAUAAUAAUACAAAGUGAACUACAUUUUGAUGAGAUCAUUGCAUUUGAGGAACUACAUUUUUUAAGAACUAUUGAAAUCAAACCAAAUGAUAAAUUGGAAUUCUAUUCGCUUGUACAAUGUGGAAGUGGUUACUUUGAAAUAUGCUUGGAAAAUGAAGUAAUAGUUUCAGGAAAAAUAUUUCGACCAGAUUCUAUUGAUAUGACUCUAAUAAAACCAAAGAUGAAGUAUCCAGAUACAGUUUUUGAUGUACCACAUAGUUCAAUUUCUAAGUAUGAUUUGUACUCAUUGUUAGAACAUAAUGGAUACGAACUCGGUGAAAAAUUUCAAACUGUGACAAAUAUAGAUUUACAUUUUGAAGAAUAUCGAGGAAACUUAAAGUGGGACGAUGAUUGGAUGACAUUUCUUAAUGGAAUUUUCACAUUUCUUAUUCACAAAAGUAUGGAAACUAAUGAUAAUCCAGCAGAUGUAUCAACUAUUCGUAAAAUGUAUAUCGAUCCAUCUAAAUUUAAAGAUUCCUUAGGAAAAGAUGUUUCUAUUUAUUAUAAUUUUAAUACUAAUGAAAUAAACGGCGAUGGUAUAUAUAUUUUGCAUCCAGAAACUAAAUCGUUUUCAAUAAGUACAUUAAAUCCAUUUGAAUUACGAUUAGAAGAAGAAAAUUUUGUACAAUUAGCUAAUCCAACUAGUAAGAAUGAAAUUAAUUUUAUCAAUCAUAGUUUGCAAGUCAUAUUUGAAUGUAAAAAAUUUCAAUCCAAUCCCAACAUGAAUAAUUUCAAAGUAUAUUACAGUAAUAAUGAUAAAAAAAUGUAUCAGUUCGCCAUAAUAAUGAAGCAAAUGCUUGACAUUCAGAUAGGAAUUCAACACGCAAUUGUGAGUUUAGACAAAAUUAAUACAGAAAAAUUCAUUAAUAAUGAUCACAAUAUCAUAUUAAUACCGCAUGAUCAAAUUUCAAAUGUUAUUUCAAUUUCAAAAAACGCUAAAAGAGUUCAUUUAUUGGUGAUAUCGGAAAAACCUAUAUUUAGCACCAAAGAAUGGAGUGUUAUUAUGCAACAACAAUUUAAUGGACACUAUUUGGUGUUGAUCAAAAAGAUCAAAGAAAUAAAAAUAAUUAGUUUAAAAUUAGAAAAUAUUACAGAUAUUCAAAAUGUUUACGAGAAAAUUAAACAUUCUCUGGCAGAAUGUAAAAAAACAAAAAGUUAUCUUUACAUUUUUACAAAAGACUUAUCAUAUGUAAAAUUAACAAGAUUUAUGGAAGAAGUGUUGCAUAGAAAUAAGUCGAAUAAGAUCAGAUUUGUUUUCUUAUUGGACGAUUCGGGUCCUGAUUUCAAUAUUGAUCAUUCAUUUUACUCUGAACAGUUACGAAAACAAUUAUUUGUAAAUAUUUAUAAAGAUAAUAAAUGGGGAACUAUUGUUCGAAAUCUUGUUGACAAUUAUUCCAGUUUUAACGUGUCUGCAGAUAAUAAGAUCACGACCUACCUCAAUGAUAUCACAUUCGAUGACCUUAAACUCAAGUACCUUGGAAUUAAUUUCCAGGAUAUAUUUGUAAAUAAUAACAUAGUAGAUAACGAACUUGAUCAUUUUGAAUAUUCUGGAAUAACGACCAAUGGUAAAAAAGUAAUGGGAAUUGCGGCAAUUGGAAAAAAUACAUUCAAUCAAAUUUUUUCACCGGAUCCAUAUUUAACAUGGACUAUUCCAUCGGAUCAGACGUUUGAAGACGCAGCUACUAUUCCUCUUUCUUAUUCGAUGGCAUAUUAUAUGUUGUCUAUUUUAAAGUCGCCAAGUGAUCAUAUAUUUGAUAAAACGAUAUUAGUAAAUGCCGGAUUUAAUGCUAUUGGACAAGCAGCUAUAGCUGUAGCCUUGUCGUUAGGAUACUGUGUUUUUGUCACAGUUGAAAAUAAAGAACAGUGCGCACUACUUAAGAAUAAAUUCGCUUCGCUAUCAGAAUCCAGAAUUUUUAGUUAUUAUGAUAAUUUUGAAGUAAAAAUUAAAAUUGCUACUAAUGGAAAAGGUGUAUCCAUAAUUGUAAAUUGUCUCCACGGCCACGAUUUUCAUGCAUCAGUUCGAUCAAUAGCACUUCGUGGAAUAUUUUUCCAAUUGACUAAGAUUGACAUGAAGAAGAAAGACAAAAUUGGAAUGCUUGUUUUUUUGAAAAAUAUUAUAUUUUAUGGUGUUAGUCCAGAUCGCCUAUUGGCAGAAACUAGUGAAAUAAAAUUGAAAAUUCAGAAUGAAGUACAAAAAGGAAUAGAACUCGGUAUUGUCAAACCGUUUGAUAGAAAAGUUUUAACUGGUCCUUGUACAACAGAACAAGCCAUAAAAUCAUUACACUUAUCAUAUCAAAGAGUAGAAUAUAAUCGAGUAGUGUUGGCUCUAGAAGAAAAUAAUACAUUAGAAAAGUCUUUAAAAGGAUCAGAAUUUGAAAAAUAUCAAUGUUAUUCUAACCGGGUGUAUUUAAUUAUUGGAAGUAAGUAUAGUACUUGGAUCGAUAUUGCUGAAUGGAUGGUUAUGAGAGGAGCUCGAAAGAUUGUCGUGACGUUAAAAAAAUACUCCAUGUCUACCACUGCAUCAAGAAGGUUUAAUUUACUUAUAUCACGAUAUAAAAAUAUUAUGAUACAAAUAGUAUCAGAUUCAAACUUGAACUCAAAAGAAGAUUUAAUUCUGUUAUUAAAUGAUACAACAGCAAUAUAUCCUCUUGGAGCGGUAUUUUUUGCCACAUUGAGCGAUGAAGAAGACAAGAUACGCAACAUUCAAUAUGUACUUGAGAAUGUUCCAUCUUUUCGAGAUAUGAAACCUUUAUUUGUUUGUAUUAUGAGUGGUGGAGAAAAUAGUUGUAUAGAAUUAAGAGCAAACGGUGUUUGUCCAAGUUCUAUUUGUCUUUCAUGGAGUUUAAUGGCUACGGAACCUUGUUUUUCUAAUAUAGUAUCAUCAUUAGAUAAAUUAUUAAUAAAUGUGACCAAUUUGUCUUCAUCUACAAUAAUAUGCACUGAAUAUGACAGAACAUUGAUUGCAAGCCGAGAAUAUUAUUCGAAAAUUAUUGCGGAAUUGCCUGAAUCCAUUGAAGAAUUGAUCACAUUUGGAGACACAGUUACAGAGGAAAUCAAAUUUACUGAAGUUACCACAAAUAGUCCCCGAUUUUCAGAUGCCAUAGGUCUACCAGUGUUUGUUGUUACCGGAUUCCUCCCCAAAAGAAUGAAAAAAUUGUAUGAAAAUCUAAUGUAUCCAGCAUUCGAAGCAAGAUUACCUGAAACUAUAAAGUCCAUAGAAUACGUAGCGAGUAUAUUAGUACAGAAACUCAAAUCAAUCACCAAAUGCGGUAAUGUUUCUCUAAUCGGAGUAUCUUGGGGUGGUGCUGUUUGUGUGAUGAUGGCACAAUUAUUGGAAGCAGAUAACAUUGCAGUGAGCCUGACACUGGUAGAAGGUAUACCAAAUGUAAUCCAGGAAUGGACGAAAAGUCUGCUACAAUACGGAAAUAUUAAUGCUAAAUUAUUAUUGAACUAUUUCCAAAUAAGCAGUAUGAUGGCCAGAGAAAUAUCUACAAAAAAUGGUUGGAACACAGAGUUACCUAAAAUGUUAUCAUCAAACAACGUUUUGGCCGCCGACAAAGCUUUAAAGGCAUUAAACGCAAUACGUUCUAGAUUGAAUGCUAUACUUGAUUUAAGACCACUUCCCAAUAAAAUAAUUGCAAAAGUCAAAGUGGUUUAUAGAACUAUGAAUAUUGAAAAAUCAAAAAUGUAUAAGCUAGAAGAUUAUUGCGUUCGUUUACCUGAAAUAAUUUCGGUUAAUGAAAAAGACUAUGACAACAUGCUAUCAGAAAAACAAUUAUCUCGAUUUGUAAAUAACAAUAUAUUACAUUAUCAUCCAGAUGCCAACGACAUUUCAAUUACAGAUUUGUACAAACGUUCUGAACUUAAUACUAUUGGUUUUGUUGUCAAUUAAUUGAAAUAACUUAUUUUUAUAUAUAUGUAUAAGAAAAAAAGAGUAUUUUUUUUAUCACUAUAAAAUUAUAGUUCUUAUAUACAAAUUUCUCAAUUAAUUGAUUAUUAGUAAAAUAAA